AUGGUGAGCUCCGAGGAAGUCACCACAGCUCCGGCCCCGAAGCUGUCAGCCCUAGCAGCAGACUCGUCGGCCCCAAAGCUGCCAGCAGCGAAGCCGUCAGUGCCUACUACAGCUCUAAAAGCAGACCCGUCGGCCCCAACGCCGCCAGCACCGAGGCCGGCAGUUCUAGCAGCAGAACCGUCGGCUCCGAAGCCGCCACCACCGAAGCCGUCGGCCCCGAAGCCAUUGGUGCUUGCUUCAGUUCUAGCAGCAGCGUCACAACGCCUUAUUACGACAGCAAAAGCCUUCUCUGAAGAGCUGAACGACUACGCCCCAUGGUCACCUGAAGAAGUAAAGGCCGUCGCGUUCUGGUUCAGCAACGUGUUGGAGGCCAACCGUCGUGCUACGGAAUUUGACAUCAGUCAUGGCACGUCCACGCGCUCAGAAUUGCCCCGUCGGUUCUGCAUGCAAGACUCAGAGCUGAGUGGAAUGCUAUUGAAACUAUCGAGAGGACGAGAUGAAGUCGCGAGGCACGGCAAGCGAAAACUUCACGAGCCGCAGCUAGAAACAUCAGACCGACCCCCGUACCGAAGCAAUCGUGGAAACAAUCGCCAGGUUACGAGCCGCCAAGUCCCGAUUACAGUGAACCAGGCAGCUCCUCGCCUGAACGGCAAGCAGCUGUGCCUUCGAGUACGUCGUGGCUACUUUGGCGCUCCUGGGCUCUUUCGUCCGAAUCAAGUAGAGGGCUGGAGGGCGGUAACUGAAGCUGUGCAUGCAGAAGGCGGUAAGAUAUUCGCGCAACUUUGGCAUACUGGACGUGUGGGCCAUCCACUCAACCAGCCAAACGGCCAGCUCCCAGUGUCGUCAAGUGCCACCGCUUUUGACGGCGUGAAGAGCCACGCCGUGACGAGCGAAGGACGCAAAGACUACGUGACACCUCGAGCACUAAACAUCUCGGAGAUUCCUGGUAUAGUUGCUGACUACCAACGCGCUGCAGAGAACGCCAUCACUGCAGGGUUUGAUGGCGUAGAAGUCCACGCGGGCAACGGAUAUCUACUGGAGCAAUUCCUAUGCGACGGCGUGAAUAAGCGCACAGAUGCGUAUGGCGGUAACAUCGAAAACCGCGCACGAAUUAUCUUUGAGGUGCUGGAGGCUGUCCUCUCUGUUGUGUCAUCGAGUCGGGUUGGCAUUCGUCUGUCCCCUUUCGGUGAGACGUUUGGAUGCAAGGACUCAACGCCACGCGAGACGUACGGGUACGUGGUUGCGAGACUAAACGAUUACGACCUGGCCUACCUACACGUAAUCGAACGGCGUGGUCGCCAUGCAGACAGCGUUAACGCCCCAGCGAACGGAGUGGCGCACCACUUCCGCGGCAUUUACAAUGGAGUUUUAAUCGCGGCUGCAGGAUUCGACCGCGUCGACGCGAUUCGAGUCGUCGAGGAUGGCACGACGGAUCUGGUUGCCUUCGGUAGAUACUUCAUCUCGAACCCGGAUCUCGUGCAGCGUCUGCGCGUCGAUGCAGACCUGAAUGCAUUCGACCCGAAGACGUUUUACGUGCAGCCGGAUACGCCGGUAGAGGCCGGAUACACAGAUUACCCAUUUUUGGGCGAGGAAGACAAGGGCGUUGCGCCCAGCUGGAUGCGCCUAGAAUAA